AUGGAUAAGGAUAUAGUUGUAAAUGAAAAGUUUGAUUUUCUUAUGUUAAAUAUUGCUAAAGAAUGUGGAGAUAUUAAUAAUUUGAUGGAACAUUUUUUUUCCUUUUUAUUGAGGAAAACUGAUUUCAUAACAAAUUCUAAUAAUAUAGAUGAAUGUGAAAAUGUUAUAUUAAAAACAUUAAGAAAAUAUUAUAAGAAAAAAGAUGAAUAUUUAAUGAAAUUAAAAAACGAAUACAAGAAAAUGGAUGAAGAAAAAAAAAAGCAAUAUGAAAAAAAAAAACAAGAAGAAAAUGAACAAAAUAAUAAAGGGCAACAAAAAAAUAUAGAUAAUAAUAAAAAAGAUAAACAUACAAAAACUAUAGAAACUAAUACAUCAAAUAGAAAUUCAUAUAAUCAAUUAAAUAAAAUUAUAAAUAAUAAUAACCAACGUGUAAUAGAUCUUGAUGAGGAAAAUGAUAUGAAUGAGAAUGUAAUGGAAAUGAUCAAUCAAAAUAAAAAUAAUUCAAAUGAUUCCUUAAAUCAUAUAAACCAAAAUAAACAUGUAGACGAUGAAAAAAAGGAUCAAGAUAAUGAUGAUGACGACGCAGAACCACCUAAAGGAAAUGGAGGAAAAACAGAUAAAUAUGUAUGGACACAAAGUCUAAAUACAUUAGAUAUGUAUAUAGAUACAAAAGAUAAUAUAAAAACGAAAGAUAUUAAAAUUGAUAUAACUUAUAAAAAAUUAUAUGUCAAAGUAAAAAAUCAAGUACUUAUUGAUGGAGAAUUUUUUAAACAAAUUAAACCAGAAGAAUCUAUAUGGACAUUAGAAGAUAAUAAAAUUAUACACAUAUUUAUUGAAAAAUUAAAUGGUAUGGAAUGGUGGAAUACCGUAAUUAAAGGAGAUGCUGAGAUCGAUGUAAAAAAAAUCGUUCCAGAAAAUUCUAGAAUGGAAGAUCUAGAUGCAGAAACAAGAUCUGUUGUAGAAAAAAUGAUUUAUGAUCAAAAACAGAAAGCAAUGAAUUUACCAACUUCAGAUGAACAAAAAAAAUAUGAAAUCUUUGAAAAAUUCAAACAAAUGCAUCCAGAAAUGGAUUUUUCAAAGGCCAAUAUUAAUUACGGUAAUUCAUCUUCAUCAAAUAAUAUGUUCUUUGGAAGAUAA